ACUGGAAAGUAUUUUCACUGCUUUGAAGCCAGGAAAGUCAGACAUAAAAUCACAUAGAAAAAGUGCAGACAACAGAAUAUCAGGACACUGCAUCUAUUAACAGCGGGACAAAACAAUGAAAGAGAUGGAUGUGGGGCCAUUUAGCAGGAAACAAUGGGCAUCACAAUCGUUACGAAUCACAGCCAAAGAGCUCUCAUUGGUUGGGAACCGUGGCAAGAAAAAUGCCAUCACUGAGCGCUUUUCCAAAUAUCAGAAAGCCGCUGAGGAGGCAAGUGCAGAAAAUAAAAAAUCUGUUUCACUACAGGCGCCUGUUAAUCAUCUCCCACCCCUCCAUCUCACACACAUCCCCCCUUUCCUUUCCUUUCUCUUCUCUCUUUCCUUCCUUCAUGUGUUCAGUUGGGUGCAAAAAGAAGCGAACAGCGGCUCAGGGGACGUGGACACACAAAUGGGCAACAAAGGUACACCAAGUCUGAAGCGCAGCGGCUCUAUCAAGGACAGGAUGGUGAAAUAUCAAUUGGCGGUCACCAGACAGGCUUCUUUUACUGUGCCACGCUCUGCAAACCAGUCAGAAACAGAGAUUCCCUGCAUGGAUCAUAAGGAGAUUUCGCCACCUGCUGCUGAUGGACAGAUAGUGAGCACACUCCCUGAGUCAAUUUGCACAAAGAUAAAUGGAGAGCAUGUACACACAACAAGUCCCAGUGCAGCAACUGCUGUAUCAGAGAACAAGGACCCUCCUAAAUUGGCCAGGAAAUUUCACCUGCUUGUCCAGGAAAGAUGUGUAUCCUGCCUGAAGACUGUUUACCCAUUGGAGAAAUAUGUUGCCAAUCAGCAGAUUUACCACAAGACUUGCUUCCGCUGUGCCUUUUGUAGUACAAAACUCAGUUUGGGGACUUAUGCUUCCCUACAUGGCAACAUCUACUGUAAACCUCACUUCAGCCAGCUAUUCAAGUCUAAGGGCAACUAUGAUGAGGGCUUUGGCCAUCGACCACACAAGGAAAUUUGGACACCACGAACAAACGAGGAGGAACCUGAGGAAGGUGAAAACUCAAAGCCCUCUGUGUUAGUGAAGCCUGCAGAACAACUGAGCCCUAAAGUGGAGGAGUCAGGACUGGCCAAAUUCACUGACCUGGCUGCAGCUCAAGAGACAAGAAGUCAAAUGACCAGUUCCACAGAAAAACCACAAACCACUUCUGUAGAAACAAGUAAACUGAGAGUCGCGUGGCCACCUCCUGCAGACAGUGAUGGAAGCUCCAAAGUCUCCAGUCCAGCCACUGAAGUUGGAAAGGGUUCAUCCAAGCUUUUCAGAGCAAAGUGGCCUCCAGAGGAGGAAGCUCCACCUGCUCAGCAGAGCCAUGAACGAGCAGAACUGAAAAGUCUGCGACGUAGUUCCUCACUCAAAGAGCGGAGCCGUCCCUUUUCUGUGGCACCAAGCUUGGCAUUAUCCAAUGCUUCAAAACAAGAGUCACAAUUAUCUCACAAGGUUGCUUUGGUCAGACGAGGCUCGGUGGAGGAUCUUCGUUCACGGUCAAAAGUGAAAACAGACCAAACUGAAGUGCAAAAAGAGGCAAAAACCCCAGAUGAAAACACAAAGGACAGCGACAACCAAUCCAAGGAGAAUGUUGAGAGUCCAGCCAUAAUUGAUAGGAAAGAAAAGAUGUCCCCUUCUAUUCUCAAACAGACACAACAAACAAAAAAGGAAGUUGAGCCACAACAAACAAAAAAUGAAGCUGAUCUACAACAAACAAAUAAAGAGUCUCGGACUCAACAAACAAAAAGGGAGCUUGACCUACAAAAACAGGAGGUUCAGAAAGGUCAUGUGGAAGAUGAGGAAAAAACGGUGAAUUGCUUAAGCACUUCUCCUGAGCUCCAGACUUCCCGAGACACAUCCUCUCCAACUGUGGAAGAAAAAGCCCAUAGGACAUCUCAGGAUGUGGGCUUCUGGGAUGGCAAGGAGGCUGAGGAGUCCCUGACUGUAGAGGAGAUGAUCAAGAGGAAUCGCUACUAUGAAGAUGAAGAUGACGAGGAGGAAGAAGUGGCAAUAGUUUGACAAUUUAUGUCUUCAAUCCCUUCCAUUUAUUAUUUACUCUGAAAAUAUAACUGGUAUAAAUUCAACAUAAUAAAAAAAAAUACAAGUAUUUUAUUAUAUUUUAUCCAAGCACUGUGGUACUGUACAUCUUUUCUUUAAACUUCUUUCUUGGAACUUGGAACUAUCACUACUUUUUUGUAUUUUAUUCUUUGACAGCCAUGUUUUCUUUUG